CAUCUUAGACAGGAAGUAAGUCUGACGAUGUACCUCAGGUCAGUCCGCCAUUGACUCUUUAAAAGCAAACGGGGAUCAAGGGAACCUAGAGAGAGAGAGAGGGGGAGAGAGAAGCAAGACAAAGGCCAGCUGAAGGACCAUGGAGGAGGACAUCAGGAGAAAAGGGACGCUUUAUUUUCAUCAGCAACGCUUCGGCAAGAGAUGGAGGAAGGUGUGGUGCGUGCUGGCGGCGGAGAGCCGACGCAGCGUGUCACGACUGGAGCUGUACGAGCACAAAUACUCCUCCUUCAAACAGGGCUCCAGCAAACGCAAGCCCGACUACAAACAGGUGAUCCGGCUGCGAGAGUGCAUCCAGAUAUCAGAAAGAGAGAUGGCCGACUGCCCCAAAGACUGCGCCGCCUUUUACCUCGAGACCUCAGACAAACUUUACGUGUUCGCAGCCGAGCGUUCAGAGGUGAAGGACUGGAUCAAGAGUCUGUGCGAGCAGGCGUUUCCCGGCUGCAACUAUUCUGAACCUGUGAGCAGUUCCCACGCCAGAGAAAUGCAGGAAAACUCACUUUAUGACACCGCAGAGAGUGUUCGGGAUUUCCUGGUCAUGGCCGUGGGCACAGAGGCAGCCGUUCGGUGCAGUCUGUAUGGGGAAUAUAUCCUCACUCCCCUGCCGGAGUACUUACUCCUGAAGGAUGUUAAAACUAAGAAAGUGCUAUUCAAAUGGAUGUACUGUUACGUAAGGAAGUUUGGACAGGACAAGCUGUCUUUUUCCUUUGAGGCUGGUCGCAGAUGCGAGUCCGGCGAGGGGAAUUUCGAGUUUACAACCCAUCAGGGUGAAAGACUGUUUAGCAUUGUCAGCGCAGCAAUCCAGAAUCUACCCAGACCCUCCACAGCAAAGCCAAUCAGCCCUGACCAUGCAGAACAAAGUCUAGCUCGAGAAACCACGGCCACGAAUGAAACGUACAUCUACACCAUCGAUAGUCAAGCCGCUGACUUUUUGCCUGAGGGGAAAAUGCAGAAAGCAUCAAAAAUGCUCAACCCCUCUUGUAGGAGCUUUUCUCUGAAUGCAGUUGAGCUACAAAGUGGAAGUCAAGUGUCGAGCAAUGACACCGACCACGAGAAUCAGGAACCUGUCUAUGCCACAGUGUCAAAAGCGAAGCAAAAAGCUGUUUCCCCUACAGACCCUCAAAUGCACUGGCAAAACCUGAGACAAGCUCUCCAGCAGUCUGGAUCUUUCCAAGACUCUUUCAAGACCGACGCUGACCUUUCGCAGCUGUCUGAUUUCACAAACCCUAGGGAAGAGACAGAGGCUGGAGAAGGUUUGAUUGACUUGUUAGGUGACUCCAUCCAGCAUUUAGCAAUUAAUGACGCAUUACAGGACAUCAGUGCAGAAGCAAUUUAUGCAGAACCAGAGGACUUCCAAGCCAGAGCUAAGUGGGUUGUCGGCAGUGUUUACGAUGAAUUUGAGGAGGUCAACAGGGCUAAUGAAAGAGCUCAUGAUGGGGCAGAGCAGCUAGCUGAGCUUGACUUGUUCUACAGCACUGACAUGGGGGCUACACAGGCCAUGGCUGCCCUCUCCAACCCUGUCCAAAAUUCAGAUGAGUUCUCAACUUACGACAACUUGGGGUUGAAGGGAAGGCGCGUGUAAGAUAGCAUGUUCAUUCAACAAUCAUAAAUGAAGGGGAAAAUUAUUAAUAAUUGUGUCUGUUGAAAGAAAUAUUUCUUUGUUUACGCUAAUGUCAUAAUAAAAUAUGCAGUUGGGCACACACACACACACACACACACACACAGACAGAUUAAAAUUUACUGUAUUGCCCUGUAUUAAAUUAUAGAAAUAAUGAUACAGAACUAUACAAAUUGGAAUAUGAAUUGUAUUAUAAAAUGUAACUAUAAUUACAAAAUGUUAUAAAAUAGAAAUAUAUAUUUUAAUAACAAUUUUACAAUAUACAUUUAACAUGCAUUCAUUAUAUGAUUAUAUUUUAUAAUACAGGUACAAUAUAAUAUAGUAUUAUAAAACACACAUACACACUUAAACUGUACAUUGUAAUUUUACAAAAAUAUAUUAUAAAACGUAUUUAUUAAAUUUUAAAUAUAAAAUUAAUAUUUACAUAAAUGUUUCUAUAUAUAAAUGAUAUUUUUGUAUAUUUUAUAAUACAUAAGUUUAUAUUGCACUAAAUUAUAUUGCACUGUAUUACAAAAUAUAAUUUUAAUAAAUAGAAUUAAUUAAUAAAAUAUAUAUUUUUAAAUACAUAUACAUUUUAGAUUUUAUAUCUAAUCUAAUCUAAUCUAAUUUAAUCUUCUAACUAAUUCAAACUUUCCCAUUAGUGAUUUUUAGGUAUUGUACAAUGUAGCAAAGUUAGCUUUCUUAAGCAAAACUGAUAUAAAGUUUUAAUGAGAAACUAGCCGAAAACCCCUGGUUUAGUGAACUGGCCAUGCUCUUUCCUUGAUGAAAAACAACAAAACCUCUCCUGCCAUUUCAUGUAUCAUGUUUUCCACUCCAGCGCCUCUUCCAGGAAACCUUUGAUUGCUAGCUGGAGAAAUGUUCAGGAAAUCUGCUUGCCUGUAAUGGAACAGUAAUAAUUACAGUUGGUGGUAUACGGUUUGGACUGCAGGCGGACUGAUUUAAUUAACUGUGCGAAGGGACCUGCGGCUUGGAGCUGAUUGGGAUCCCGACCUGCCUGAGAAUGAAGAUGUCACAGCGCCCCGUUCAUCUAGUGCUGUCUGUCACUCUCUCCGCGAAGAUGGACGCCUGCUGCAAUGGACCAGCACUGUGCAGUUUGGAGAGCUUUAAUUGAUUUCAUUUUACACGCUACUGAAAAAGUGUUCAUUUAAUCAACCGAUGGUUAAUAAAAGCAAUUGUAAAAAGUAGUAAUCAUCCAUUACUAAAUAAUGUCUGUAAUUAAAAUAAGAGUUAAAGUCAUUCAGAAACAAUCUCCUUCUCUGAUUGGGGUCACUGAUAUGUAUUUAUAUGCAUUUGUCAGUGAAUUAAACUAUUUAAUUAACAA